AAAAAGGAUUCAAAAUCGAUUGUAUGAAAUGUUCUGCUUAACUUUGUUUUCUUUCCCUUGUUUAUUUUCCUCACUGGUCUUCACUGCGUCAACGACUUACGAAGGAAAGAAAAGAUUCUGCGCAGGAAGAAUAAUAAUAGACGGAAGAAAACACAAUUACAAGUGAGGAGAGAGAAAGUAGAGAGAAGAAAUGUCAACAAGCUUUCUUCGGUCAACGUCUCGUCAACAGGCCGUUACAAGUUUCUUCUGUUGAUUUUCUUCUCCCUCGUCACCUUCCUCCUCAACAAACUCACUCUCCCGCGUCUUUCUUCUACUCCAAGAACCCUAAUUUCGCCACCGUACUGACUUCCCCAACUUCGAUUCGAGAUCUGCGGCGGGGGAAAGCUAGCCAUGGCCGCCCCGGGAAACGCGCAAUCGAACACUAGUUCGACGCAGAGAGUGAAGGUUUAUUGCUUGGAGGAAGACGGUAAAUGGGAUGAUCGAGGAACUGGAUUCGUCAGUUUGGACUAUACGGAGCGAUCGGAAGAACUUGGUCUACAUGUGAUUGAUGAAGAUGAUCAUGAGACGUUGCUUGUACACCGUAUCAGCACUGAUGAUAUCUACAGGAAGCAAGAAGACACUAUUAUCUCAUGGAGAGAACCAGAGGGCUCAACAGAAUUGGCUUUGAGCUUUCAGGAGACUGCUGGUUGCUCUCAUGUAUGGAAUCAAAUAUGCACUAUGCAACGGAAUCUACAUUUCAGUUCUUUAAACAUGAACACUGAGCUGAGGGAGCUUCCUGAUGUCGAUAUUUCUAAUCUUCCCCAAAUACUCGAGAUUGUUACUGAAAGUGGCACUACAGAUCAGAUGCGGUUAGCGGGACUUAUGUUGAAGGAUGUUAAAUUCUUUGACAAUUUGAUGAAUGUAUUUGAAAUGUGCGAGGAUUUGGAAAAACUUGAUUGCCUUCACAUGAUGUUCAACAUUGUCAAAUGCAUCAUUUCUCUCAACAGUCAUGAGAUCCUGGAGAAAAUCUUAGGGGAUAACCUAAUCAUGAAAAUUAUUGGGUGCCUUGAGUAUGAUCCAGAUGUUCCGCAGUCUCUACAUUACCGGAAUGAUCUGAGAGAGCAUGUUGUUUUUAAGGAGGCUAUACCAAUUAAGAAUCCCAUGGCCCUGUCGAAGAUACACCAAACAUACAGAAUUGGUUAUCUGAAGGAUGUUAUUUUGACUAGAGUAGUUGAUGAUGCUACGGCUGCAAGCCUAAAUUCAAUAAUCAAUGCAAACAAAGCUACUAUUGUUACAUUGCUGAAGGAUGACAGCACAUUCUUUCAAGAGUUAUUCGCAAGCUUACGGUCACCUUCCACAUCGGUGGAAUCCAAGAGUGAUUUGGUACAUUUCUUGCACGAGUUUUGUAGUCUAAGCAAGGACCUUGAGAUGGGGCUGAAGAAACGGCUCUUUACGGAACUUAUAGAUGAAGGAAUUUUUGACAUCAUAGCAGAAGUCUUGCAGAUUCCAGACAAGCAACUCGUAUUAACCGGGGCAGAUAUCCUCCUCAUUUUCUUGACUCUAGAUCCCAACCUCUUGCGCUCCUAUCUUGUUAAACCGGAAACUCCCCUCCUUGGUCUCCUGGUUAAGGGAUUGAUGGAAGGUUUUGGUGUUAAGAUGCUCGAAAUUUUUCGAAUUUUAUUGGCUUCAAGUGCAUUAUCUGGUGGAGCUCAGCGAGCGAAUAUUAUGGAUAUUUUCUGUGAGAAGCAUGUACCUCAGUUAGUUGAUUUUAUUACUGCCUCAUGUCCGGAAAAGCCUGGUAUUACAUCUGAAAGUGCAUCCAGAAGAGUUGACAGCCUAUUGAACAUUUGUGAAUUGCUGUGCUUUUGCGUUCAGCAGAAUCCAUCAAGGACAAUUUUUCUCCUUCAAAAUGUGACAGAAAAGGUUUUGUUUCUCACACGAAGAAAGGAGAAACCAGUAGUGGCUGCGGCUGUCCGAUUUUUUCGCACUCUCCUCUCUGUCCUGGAUGAUAAUGUCCAGAGUUGCGUUGUUAAGAAAAACUUGCUGAAACCGAUCAUAGAUGUUUUUGUUGCCGGUGGUAAACAUGACGAUUUGCUGAUGUCUUCUAUCUUGGGGCUUCUUGAGCACAUACGCAAGGCAAAGGCAACUGUGUUGCUCAAAUACGUAGUUGAUACAUUUUGGGACCAGCUGGCUCCAUUUGAGCACAUGACCUCCAUCCAGGCUUUAAAAGAUGAGCCGUGCAUAGAAAGUUUGGGACCAAAGAGCAACACUGAUCCAGUUGAUAUGAGAGGAAACAGCGAUGAAGAGAAGUCAGCUUCUGCUUCCAAGACACAGACAGAAGAAGCUGAUAGCCACCAUUCUAAUGGAGAAGCUGCAAGUUCUGAUACUUCGAGGUCUGAGCGCUUGGUUGAUUACGAGGAUGACGAAGAUGAUGAUGAUGAAGACAAUGAAACUCCUCAACAGAAACAGACAGAAAACUCAGUGAAGGGAAGGAAGAAGAGAUGCCGUUGCAAAGAUGAUGAGCACGAGGAGUGUAAGAAAAAAGCGAAGCUCUGUUCAACAGUUGAAGGAAACAAGAACUCCCCAGAGCAAGGUGGCAGCGAAGCUAUAGAACCUGAGAACUCCAGAAGCAGUGACGGCAAUAACACUAGUUUAGAUGAUGAUGGAAAGCUAGGAGGAGGAGAUGAUGAAUCUGCGUUGGCACCUUCAGAGUCAUCAACAGAAAUGGAUGUAAAUGAUUAACAUUCUCUGACUAAAGCGAUGUCUCUGUAUUGUUUGUAGUUGUGGACUUUAGGUAAAGCAGAGUCGAAACUGAUAAGAGAUGUAGAUAGGUGAGAGGAGGAAGGAAUAGUAUGAGAGAAACUGUAUAUAGCCCCACAACAGAUAUUUUUUUUUUGUCAUCUAUUAGAUUAACUUGAGGAAACAAAUAUUGAACUACAACAGAUGGCAGGGAAUUCAAUGCUCUGUGUCAA